GGCCCCAGCCUGAACGGUGAUGGGUGGAGCCAGUCUAGCUGCUGCACAGGCUGACUGGCUGCUAAGGGCUGCUCCGCGCUUUUGCCAGAGGACAGGGACUGACAUGGAACAGGGGAAGGGCCUGGCUGGCCUCAUCCUGGCUCUCACUCUUCUUCAAGGUACUUUGGUCCAGUCAAACAAAGAAAAACGCUUGCUCACGUUGGAGGACCGUCAAGAUGGUUCGGUACUUCUGACUUGUAAAGUGCAAGACAAAAAUGUCACAUGGUUUAAAGAUGGGAAGAUAAUAAGCUUCCUACCUGCAAGUCAAAAAACAUGGAAUCUGGGAAGUAAUACCAAGGACCCUCGAGGGAUGUAUCAAUGCAAAGGAUCAAAGAGCAAGUCAAAACCACUGCAACUGUAUUACAGAAUGUGUCAGAACUGCAUUGAACUAAACGCAGCCACAAUAUCUGGCUUUGUCUUUGCUGAAAUCAUCAGCAUUUUCUUUCUUGCUGUUGGGGUCUACUUCAUUGCUGGACAGGAUGGAGUUCGCCAGUCAAGAGCUUCAGACAAACAGACUCUGUUGCCCAAUGACCAGCUCUACCAGCCCCUCAAGGAUCGAGAAGAUGACCAGUACAGCCACCUUCAAGGAAACCAACUGAGGAGGAAUUGAGCUCAGGACUCAGAGUAGGUUUUCUUCUUCUAUCAAGUUCUCAGAAUCAAAGCAAUACAUUUUGGAAAGCUCCUAGCAGAGAGACCUUCAACCCUAAAUCUAGACUCAAGGUUCCCAGAGGUGACAAUGGAGAAAAAAGGCCAUCAGAGCAAAUUUGGGGUAUUCGCAAAUAAAAUAAAAAUAAAAA